AUGUCUGGAAACACAUUAAUUGUCCUCACAACAAUCCUAUCUUUUAACCCUUUCUGUACUUCGUCCGCUUGGUCCGUGAACAACUUUUUGAUGACAGGCCCUAAGGCAUAUUUAACUUAUUCCACGAGCGUGGCGGUCGGCGCUCAAAGUGGCAUUGAAGAAUGUAAGUACCAAUUUGCGUGGGAGAGAUGGAAUUGCCCCGAACAUACCCUUCAACUUGCUACGCAAAAAGGACUUAGAAGCGCAACCAGAGAAACAUCUUUCGUACAUGCGAUCAGUUCAGCUGGCGUUAUGUAUACGCUGACCAGAAAUUGCAGUAUGGGAGACUUCGAUAAUUGCGGAUGUGACGAAUCAAGAAAUGGGAGAAUCGGUGGAAGAGGCUGGGUAUGGGGAGGUUGCAGCGAUAAUGUCGAAUUCGGGGAGCGGAUUUCCAAACUCUUUGUUGACGGAUUAGAGACGGGGCAAGAUGCCAGAGCUUUAAUGAACUUGCAUAACAAUGAGGCAGGCAGACUGGCCGUCAAGUCAACGAUGAAAAGGACUUGCAAAUGCCACGGGGUAUCGGGAAGCUGCAGCGUUCAGACCUGCUGGCUGCAGCUGGCAGAAUUUCGAGACAUCGGGAAUCACUUGAAGGUGAAGCAUGACCAGGCUCUGAAACUGGACAUGGACAAGAGAAGGAUGAGAUCCGGCAACAGCGCGGACAACAGAGGAGCCAUAGUGGACGCCCUCGGAUCGGUGGCGGGGACCGAACUUGUUUUUCUGGAAGAUUCUCCGGAUUAUUGCUUAAAAAACGUCAGCUUGGGUCUGCAAGGAACCGAAGGCCGAGAAUGUCUCCAGAGCGGAAAGAACUUGUCUCAGUGGGAAAGACGGAGCUGUAGGCGACUCUGUCUGGAAUGCGGUCUCAAAGUCGAAGAGAAGAAGAUUGAGAUUAUUAGUAGCUGCAACUGCAAGUUUCACUGGUGUUGCACCGUCAAAUGCGACCAAUGCAAGCAAGUCGUGACGAAACACUAUUGCUCCAAAAGAGAAAAGCAUCCGACUAAUGUGCACCCCAAAAGGAAGAUCCGAGGCCAUCGGAGAUGA